AUGAAUGAAAACUACUAUGCAGUAACCAAGCUAACAGAACAACAGAAUGGAAGGUUCUGGAUUGUGCUGAGCUGUGCAAGCAUCUUGGCAUUUGUAUUUGGUGUAGUCUUUUUCUUCUCUUGGGUUACUGUAAUUACUCAGAAAUCCGGAGCUUCGUUUUACGUUCAAAAGUUUUACGUGCCGGCUCUCAAUAGUACAGCCGGUGGAAAUUACACGGCUGAUAACACGACAUCGAUUAGCUUUGUCUUCAACAUUCGUAACACACUUAAUAACAUCGGAAUAUACUAUGAUGAUCUCAACGUGACAUUUUCUUAUGGCAGUGACAAAAGUCUCGAAAUUGGGAGCUACAAGUUGGACGGGUUUCACCAGCAUGCUAAUGAAAAUACUUACUCUGGUGAUUCAGUUGCAGUUAAAGGUGUGCCCUGGAACACGAUUGCUCAAAACGGGUCGAAAGUGGAUUUUCGGGUGGCUUUAGCAACUAAGGUGAGGUAUCAUCAGAUGUUUUUUAAGGGUAAGAAGAGGCAAGUUCGCAUUCGAGCUGUUGUGCAAGUUAAUGAUACUACUGGCCUCAAAAUCAAGAAAAAAUCUAUUAGGCUCACGUCUGGCGCAACAGAGACCGGUCGGAGCACAGGAGCGUCUGUUGCAUUUAGCUUGCUCAUUAUUUUGUUGUUUCCUAUUUAA